AUGUCAUUCAAGUUCACCCUGUCGAGAUGGUCGCUGCUGGAGAGCGAGAAAUUAGAACAGUUGCCUCAUCGGCACGUCGAUGCUGGAUGGUCUGCACGAUGGAACUCCCCAACUGUGCAAUCUACACUGAAAUGUAACGAGAUCCCACUACCUCAUCGACCUUCCAAGUUUCUACUGUCCUUGCAGCGACUGGGCGUAGACGUCGACAUCCGAGUCAGCGUGAAAGUUUGGGCCCUCCAAGCUGUACAUUACCUCCCUCGGGUCCUUUCUCCUGCCGUCAGCAUGUGCCAAUUACCCGAACAGAACAGCAAACCUACAGACUCGUACUUGAGAUUGCAAAUGAUCGUUCCAAGUUCUAAUUCCAGCUUUGCCCAUGAUGUACUUCGAUUCCUCCCACGUCGAAUUGACAUUACACCGGUCAUUCCAAACGCCUGCCGGAGGGGCCCUUGGGAGUGGUAUAUCUAUCAAGGCGAAAGCACCACCUCUUCCCUAAAGCUUGCGGCUCAAACACCCAACAUGCCCAGCAAUCCUAGAACCCCACUAGUUGACCACCCUCUGCUCCAUAAGCCGAUACACCAUGAACGCCACCUGAAAGUCGUCUGCAUUGGAGCUGGCGCCUCUGGUCUCCUUUUGGCUUACAAACUCCAGCGCUCCUUCGAAAAUUUCGAGUUGAUUCUCUACGAGAAAAACCCUAUUGUCUCUGGGACCUGGUACGAGAACAAAUACCCUGGGUGCGCCUGCGACGUUGCGUCACACACUUACACCUGGAGUUUCGAGCCCAGCACGACGUGGUCGUCAGUCUACGCCGGGUCAGAUGAAAUCUUCAAUUACUUUAAAUCUUUCAUGCAAAAAUAUAACCUCGAAAAGUUCUGCAAGUUCAAUCAUCAAGUGACCAAGGCCUGUUGGAAUGACACAAUGGCGAAAUGGGACCUCGAAAUCACCGACCUCAAGAAUGGGAAAACCGUGCAUGACUCGUGUGAUAUCCUUGUUAACGGGUGUGGUAUCUUGAACGCGUGGCGUUGGCCAGACAUACCAGGCCUGGAGAAGUAUAAAGGACCAUUACUCCACACUGCGAAGUGGGAUUCGAGCAUCAAUCUGACCGGACAACACGUCGGUCUGAUCGGGAAUGGGUCAUCCGGCAUCCAAGUUCUUCCUGCGAUCCAUCCCAUUGUCAGCAAGGUCACAACUUUCAUCCGUUCACCUACUUGGGUAUCUCCAAGCCAUAACAUAAUCCAACACGUUUACACGGAGGAAGAACGCCGAGAAUUUGAAACGAGCCCUGGUGCUCUCCUUCGAUAUCGCAAGAUGCUGGAGAGCUCGCUCAACAACGUGUUCCCUAUGUUCAUCGCGGACUCGGACAUACAGAAGAGCGUGUACGACGGAAUGGCUCAGAUGAUGAAGGACAAACUCGACGACGAGGCCCUCGCACAACUUGUCAUUCCGAAGUGGGCCGUUGGAUGUCGUCGGAUAACCCCAGGGCCCGGUUACCUCGAAACGCUUGUGAGUGAGAAAGUCCAAGUGGCCUUUGGAGGGAUCCAAGAAGUCACGGAGAGAGGAUGUGUCUGUGAUGGCCAAGAAUACCCCGUCGAUGUGUUGGUAUGCGCGACCGGAUUUGACACGUCCUACCAGCCGCGUUUCCCUCUGAUAGGUCUGAACGAUAAGAACUUGGCUGAUGUUUGGGCUGAAGAACCCAAGGCGUACUUCGGAAUUGCUGCCCACGGUUUCCCAAAUUAUUUCACAUUCCUGGGACCGAACAGCCCAGUCGGGAACGGACCUGUGCUUAUUGGCAUCGAGGCUCAAGCCGACUAUAUCCUCAAAAUGAUUGAUCGUUGGCAGACGGAAAACAUACACAGCUUCUCCCCGAAGGCAGAGGCCGUCGAAGACUUCGUCGCGUUCAAAGAUAACUUCAUGAAGCAGACCGUGUGGGAGCAGGGUUGUAAGUCGUGGUACAAGAAGGGAGGCUCUGGCAAAAAUGUCGCGUUGUGGCCCGGCAGCACCUUGCACUAUCUCGAAGCCAUGGCUGAACCGCGGUUCGAGGACUGGGAUAUCAAGUACAUGGGCAAUCGGUUUACCUUCCUCGGCAAUGGGUUCUCGCAGACCGAAACUGACCUAACGGCUGACUGGGCGUAUUAUAUUCGAGAGCAGGAUGGUAGCCCGUUCCUCAGCCGAGGGAAACGAAGGAAAGAGGUGACGUCCUCGGGGACGCUAGAACGUGAGGGAGCGUCGCCGAGGUGGCUGUAG